AUUUAUCUUUACCCAGAAAAUGUAAAUACUUACUGAUUUCUCUGUUAAUGCAAUCAUCAAAAGACCACCAUAUAUAUAAGAGGCAAGAUACCACACAUCUCUCACUCAGAGAAAAAGCUGGCAAGGCAAAAUGAAGCCUUGGGCUGGUUUCCACCUGAUUUUCCUGGUUGCUAUUUCGGUGGAGGGUGACGUCUCAAAUUAUGGCACUGGAGGAUCCCAGGACACUGAAGCCACUUGCUGUGCACGUGAGUUCCAGCUGUCUGAACUUUCAGAGCUGAAGGGCCUAACACAAUGCGGAACGGACAAGAUUAUUCUCCAAGGUCAGGCUGGGAUACCUGGAAUUCCAGGUGUGCCAGGAACAAACGGAUCCCCAGGGCUAAAGGGUGACCAAGGUCCUCAGGGGCCCCCAGGUGAAAGAGGAUCUGCUGGGAUAACUGGAAAAGCUGGACCGAAAGGAGACAAAGGAGACAAAGGAGAUGCCUGCAGAUUAGACAAUUGUCCACCGAAAGAGAUUGAAGCCAGAAACUGCAAGGACCUCCUGGAACGUGGGGAGACCCUGACUGGCUGGUAUACAAUCUACCCAACCAAGGGAUACCCGGUGGUGGUUUUCUGUGACAUGGGGACUGAUGGAGGAGGCUGGUUGCAAUUCCAGAGGCGGCAAGAUGGGUCUGUGGAUUUCUACCGUGACUGGGAAUCAUACAAGAAAGGAUUUGGAAAUCAAGGAUCAGAAUUCUGGCUGGGCAAUGAUAAGAUCCAUCUUCUCACCAAUUCUGGAACACAUCAGUUGAGGAUUGACCUGGAAGAUUUCAAUGGUUCCAGAACCUUUGCAAUAUAUUCCAGUUUCAGAAUUGCAAAUGAAAGUGAAAAUUACAAAUUAAUAUUGGGUUCUUAUUUGGAUGGCAACAUGGGUGAUUCUCUCUCAGGACACAAUGACCAUCCGUUCUCUACCAAAGACAGAGACAAUGAUAUCUAUGAUGGAAAUUGUGCCGUAAGUUUCAAAGGAGCCUGGUGGUACCAUAAGUGCCACACUUCCAACCUGAAUGCCCUGUAUCACAAAGGAGAACAUACUUCUUAUGCUGAUGGCAUCAACUGGCAUUCUGGGAAGGGGCUCCAUUAUUCCUACAAGUAUGCAGAUAUGAAAAUUAGACGAACACAGCAGUUGAGGAUUGAUCUGGAAGAUUUCAAUGGUUCCAGAACCUUUGCAACAUAUUCCAGUUUCAGAAUCGCAAAUGAUAGUGAAAAUUACAAAUUAAUGUUGGGUUCCUAUUUGGAUGGCAACGUGGGGGUCACUAGAAGAGAGAACAUUGACACAAAGGAUAACACCUAUCCCUAUGAAGAUGGUGCACGAACAAGCAACGAAGUUGUCGUUGGUCACCCGGUUGGAUGGCACAAACUAUGUUUCCUGGUCCACGAAGUGCAGUCUGUUCUUGCGCGUCUGGGGCAUAUUAAUUUUAAAGCAUUACAGCAAACUGCUAAAUUAGCAGAAGGAGUCAAAUUAAAGCCAUGUAAUAAAUAUCUAAACUGUAAUGUUUGCAAUAAGAAAAAAAGUAAGGCUACUCCUGCAAACAGGCUAAACAGUUUUAAAACUAAGAAACCUUUAGAGGUUGCAUUUGCCGAUUUAAUUGGUCCUAUGAAACAAAGUAUCAGAGGUGCUCGUUAUGUAUUAAGUAUUAUGGAUCACUAUUCUAGAUAUGGUUUCUGCUGUUUACUAAUGGACAAAACAGAAACGUUCCAGCAAUUUUAUAACUGGAUGAAAUUUGCUGAGAGGAAAACAAAACUUAAAGUAGUUACCAUUGUAACUGAUAAUGGAACUGAAUUUAUAAACCAGAGUUUUCAAACUAUGGUUAAGCAAACUGGAAUUGAGCAUAAACGUGCCACUCCUUAUAGGCCACAACAUAAUGCAUUUGUGGAACGGAGAGGACAAUCAUUACAGGCAAUAGUACGAACAAUGUUGUCAGAUUCAGGUUUACCGGACAAACUAGGGGGGGAGGCAAUGAUGUGUGGUAACCAUAUUCUUAACAACGUAGUUAAUGCAUCUACUGGUGAAUUACCAUUUACUAGGUGGCAUGGCAAGAAACCUGACCUUAGCUACCUACACACAUUCGGAGCUCCUGCAUGGGUUCAUAUUCCUGCACAAGUUAGACUAAAGGGACAACAUCGAGCUCGACAAUUAAUAUUUGUGGGUUAUAACUCUAACCACAAAUCAUAUAGGUUUUGGGAGCAAGGCACAACUAAGCUGUACCUUAGUGCUAAUGCUAAAUUUCUAGAAAAUGUUGGGUGGAAUAGACUAGAAACCAACGAUGAAGUAGUCAUUGACACCCAAGAAGACCAUGAGAAUAGGACAGAAAUACCACAAUCAAGUGAUGAAGGGAAGGUGUCUACUCAGGAGGAGGAGAUGACAAUUUGGAUUGGUUUUUGCUUCCUAUUCCUGAUUACUUUUUCUGCAGAGAGGGGAUUAUCCACACAGGAGGAGACAGAAACCAGCUGCUGCGCACAGCUGAGGAGCUCAGCACAAUGUGGGGGUGACAAGAUUGUUCUCCAGGGCCAGGCAGGGAUACCUGGAAUUCCAGGUGUGCCAGGAACAAAUGGACUUCCUGGAGCCAAGGGUGAGCCAGGACCUCAGGGCCCUCCAGGUGAAAAGGGCUCUGCUGGGAUACCUGGAAAAGCUGGACCAAAGGGAGACAAAGGAGACAAAGGAGAUAAUGGGGAACCCUGCCGCUCAGGAGGCUGUCAGCAGGAAGGGGGAAGAGCCAGAAAUUGCAAGGAGCUCCAUGAACAAGGAGAGACGCUCACUGGCUGGUACACCAUCUAUCCAAUCACAGGGAAAGCAAUGGUGGUUUUUUGUGACAUGGAAAUAGAUGGAGGGGGCUGGUUGGUCUUCCAGAGGCGCCAGGAUGGCUCUGUCAAUUUCUACCGUAACUGGGAAUCAUACAAGAAAGGAUUUGGGAGGCAAGGAUCAGAAUUCUGGUUGGGCAAUGAUAAGAUCCAUCUUCUCACCAGUUCUGGGACACAGCAAUUGCGAAUUGAUGUGGAAGAUUUCAACGGUUCCACAACCUUUGCAACAUAUUCCAGUUUCAGAAUUGCAAAUGAAAGUGAAAAAUAUAAGCUAAGUUUGGGCUCCUAUUUGGAUGGCAACAUGGGGGAUUCUUUCUCAGGACAUAAUGGCCUGGCAUUCUCUACAAAAGACAAAGACAAUGAUGCCCAUAAAUCUGGAAGUUGUGCUGCAAUGUACAAGGGAGGUUGGUGGUAUGGUGUCUGCCACACUUCCAACCUGAAUGGCCUGUAUCACAAAGGGGAACAUAGCUCUUAUGCUGAUGGCAUCAACUGGGCUGCUGGGAAGGGGCACCAUUAUUCUUACAAAUAUGCGGACAUGAAAAUUAGACCUCAAUAGAUGAAAUAUCAGUAUAUUCUGGAUUGUUUAACUCUGAUUGCUGAAUGAACUUAUUAUUAUGUGAAUAUCCUCCUGAAUUCUGUUCCUGAAAAAAGAAGAUUAAAUAGUGGCUAUCCAAA